AUGGCCUAUGUUGCUCCAUAUCGUGGCGAUGAAGUCAUCAUUUUACCAGGAUGCAGGCUAGAGACCCUGAAUAGCGACAGUGGAGUAAUUCAGAAUCGAACAGCUCAACAUCGCUCAUCCCUUGCUGGAGGCUCAUCCGGCUUCGGAGCUGCGAUAUCUAGAUCCUUCCUUGCGGAAGGAGCGAAGGUGUAUAUCGGAGACAUCCAGCUUGGUGGCGUGGAAGCUAUCGCCAACGAGUACCCGGGCCAAGCGAUCGCGGGACAUCUCGACGUCACCAUUCGAGCCGAGUGGGAUGCGGCCAUAGCUAAUAUCGAAAAGCACUUUGGUACACUGGGCAUCCUGGUCAACAAUGCGGGAACGAGCCACCGGAACAAGACUACUCUCGAGGUGACCGAGGAGGAAUUCAGACGCACGUUCGACGUCAACUGUCUGGGCAUCUUCCACUCGGUCCAGGCAGUGUUUCCGAUAGUGAUAAAACAAGACCACGUCGUCUGCCUGAAUAUUUCCAGUGUGAGAGCUGAAAGGCCGCGUAGGGGGCUCGUGUGGUACAACGCUUCUAAGGGGGCGGUUUCCAAAUCAACGAAGGGUCCCGCGCUUGAGUAUGGCUCAGCGCGCAUCCGAGUUAAUAGCAUCAGUCCGCUGCUGUCUAGCACUGGACUUUUCGAGCCGUUUACUGGAGUGGCUGAUAAGUCCAGAGGCUCGCCAACAGUUCAUCGCGAAUGUCCCCCUUGGCCGGCUAGCGGAGGUCGAUGA